UCCCCUUGGGGCCUGAGCGCCUAGUCUAGAGUGCGGUGGAGGCCUCCGCUACGGCCUCAGCUGAUGGACGUUGUUGGAGGAGGAGAUCUGCAGAGCUGGUGUGGUGGCAACUGGGCGGGGCGCCCGAGCUCGCGGGAGGGGAUUCCCGGAAAUGGGGGUGAAGGGAGCUUUGGGGUCUGGGCAAGUCGGGCGGCAGGAGGGCGGUCCCGCGCCUCAGUUUCCCCAUCUGGGACCACGUUCCAGCGUGAUUUCUUCGAGGCCUGAAUUUAAAAGCUGAAUAGUUUGAGGGGCGCCAGUGUUUUCAGUUUUUGUUUAUUUUUAAUAACUUGAUUGAGGUAUCAUUUGCGCAUCGUACUAUUCAUCACUUUAAGGGUACUUUUAGUAAAUUUACAAAGUUGUGCAACUGUCGCCACGAUCUUGAUUUAGAAAGUCCCAUAACCCAACGGGAUACCUCCUGUUUCUUUGCAGUCCAGCCCCAUUCCCACCUCCCUACCCCAGGCAAUGACGGAUCUGCUUUCUGGGUCUAGAUUUGCAUUUUCUGGACGAUUCUGACAAAUGGAAUCGCGGUAGUGUGUGUGGUGUUUGAGGUCAUGCUACUUUCCCUUAAUAUACAUUUGAGAUUCUUGCAUCCAGGGAUAUUUCUUUUAUUGGUGAAUACUAUUCCACUUUAGGGACAGACCAUAGUUUCUCAUUCAUUCACUAGUUAAUAGACGUUUGGAUUGUUUCCACUUUUUGUCUAUUAUGAAUAAUAACUUACGAAGAUUUGCAUUCGUUUUCAUUUCUCUUGGACCACAUAGGAAUAGAUUUUCUGGAUCAUAUGGUAAAUUCUAUGUCUGACUUUUUGAGGAACCAGACUGUUUUCCACAUGGCAGCAGCACCAUUUUACAAUCCCCCAACAGCUUAUGAUGAUGUUUCUUUACAAUUUCUUUACAUCCUUGACAACAAUUGUUAUCUGUAUUUUUGAUUAUAGCCAUCUCAGGGGAUGUGAAAGGAUAUCUCAUUGUGGUUUUAGUUUGCAUCUCCAUUUUUUUUUUUUUUUUGAGAUGGGGCCUUACUCUGUUGCUGGGGCUAGAAAGCAGGAGUGUCAUCAUAACUCACUGCAAACUCAAACUUAUGGGCUCAAGUGAUCCUCCUGCCUCAGCCUCCCAAGUAGCUGGGACUACAAGCGUGCACCACCAUGCCUGGAUAAUUUUUCUGUUUUUUGUAGAGAUGAGGUCUCAUUCUUACUCAGGCUGUUCUUAAACUCCUGACCUCAAGAAAUUUUCCUACCUUAGCCUCCCAAAGUUCAAGGAUUACAGGCAUGAGCCACUGUGCUUGGCCUGCAUCUCCUUAAUGGCUAGUGAUGUUGAACAUCUUUUCAUGUGCUUAUUGGUUAUUCAUAUAUAUAUGUGUGUGUGUGUGUGUGUGUUAAGUAACUUCACAUCUUUUGCCCAUUGGUUAAUUUUUAACUGUGUUUUAAAAAAAAGUAUACACACACACACACCCCUACACCUUAGUAGUGGUAAAAUAUACCUAACAUCAAAUUUUCCUCCUUAACCAUUUUUCCAUUGAUUUAUUUUUAAUUGAUAUGUUGUAGUUAUACAUAGUUUGGGGAUAUGUCUAAUGCUUUGAUACCUGUAUACAUUGUAUAAUGCUGAAAUCAGUGUGACUGGGAUAUCUAUCACCACAUUUAUCUUUUCUUUGUUGAGAACAUUAUAAUUCUUAUCUUCUAGAUAUCUUGAAAUAUACAGUAAAUUAUUUUUAGCUAUAAUUUUCCUACCAUACUAUUGAACACUAGAAUUUAUUCCUUCUACCUAAUUGUAUUUUUAUACCCCUUAACCAACUUCUCUUCUGUUGGCUUAUUUUUAAACCUAGGGAAACUUUCAGAAGAGUUAGAAGAACUUUCAGGAAAACUACCUUGGUGAUCAGGUCUUCCCUCUAAUCCACAGAGUGGGCUGAGUCACCUCCUGAGCAUUGGCUACAAACAUUAACAAAGAAUGGCUUUAGCAAGAAAAGUCAGCCAUCCACUGUACGAUUUAUUUGGUGAUUUCAGUGAUGAUGAUUCAAAGAUGGAAGAAAUCAGAAACUUGAAAAUUGAUAGAAGUUUUACCAAAAUAGCACCUGGUCAUGGUAGAUUUCUAAAAAGAAACCAAAAUACGGAUGAAAAACACUUACUCCUGAAUGAGAACACUCUCUUGGGGAGUGGGCCCACGCUCGCCUCAGGUAGACCCCCCACCACUGCCUCAAAGGUCAGAGCAAAUGCUGCGCUCAUGAAGCUGGCCCAGAUAGAAACCAAAAUCAUGAGUCGGAAGGUACAGAUUAAUUUGUCUGACACUGACUCUGACUCAAAGACCACUGAUGCCAGUCUUCCAAAGACAGCAGAUGAAAUGCCCCCAAAGGGAACAGUUGAACUUUUUUCACAGAAUACUGGCAAAACUUCCCAGAAACAAGCCAGUGAACUUCCUGUGGCCAAGAGUAAUGCACAGAAUUUGAAGAUCAGUAGGUUUCUAAAGAAGAAAGAACCACCUGUUGAAAAUAUAUCCCCUGAAGUACCUACUGGGAAACAGAGGACACCUGAAACACCCAAACACAAAGAGCCUUCUAGAAGAUUUGAUUUUCCAGACAGUGAUGAAGGGGACAUGAAAGCAUUGCUGGGAACAUUGAUGGAAUCUUCUAGAGCUGAAAAAACAUCUAUAAAUCAGGGCUUCACCGGCACUCAAGUAAGCAAGAAAGAACAAAUAAAACUAUCCUCGAUCCUGACUCAACCAAGAGGCCAUUCUCUACCUGGUACCGAACUCUCCAGCUCAAAGCCUUCUCGGACAUUGUGCCUGCCAACCUCACAGGCCCCAGAUGGGACACUUUUCAGCAUUUGCCCAAGAUCUCACUCUCCGGAGACCAGCGUUUUCAGUGACACAGACUCCCCCAUGCUGUCACUUUCUGCCACUGGUGCCUUUUCACAAUCAGUGUCUUCAAAGAUGGAGCAUGUUAAGCUUGUGUCCUACCUUGGAAGGAGCGAGGCUAGGUCUCAGGAUGAGUCCAUCUCAGAAGGUGCUGAUGACAGCCUGAAUGAGUUUAGAGAAAAUAUUUUAUCCCUCGAUGAUCUGUCCCCAGCUGUCAAUGAGAACUCAGACUUGGAACAGGAGAAAGAAAGUGAUCAGAGGGAAAACCUGUCCAGCAAAAGCUUGAGAGCCAAGGCAUCUGCCGGGCAGAACACACCAAGACGUGCCCAGGUGAGGAGCCUGACAUCCCAGGGAAAGGCUACCUCUGCAGAUGGGGACAAAGGUCUCCCCACUGAAAGUGACAUCUCAGAGCACUUCAGUGCCGGUUCAGCCUCCAGUGCCUGGCAGGACAGCACUUCCAGCAUGAACUUAGCAUUUGAAGCUUCCACAGUGAGCACAGUGAACUCAGCUUAUUCUGAAGAUUUUGAAAACUCUCCAAGUCUGACAACAUCUGAGCCAAGGGCCCAUUCCAAGGACAGAACACUGGACUCUUUGUCUGAGUGCUCUUCAAGUCUGAAGACAGAUCUUGUCCCGAAAACACCCAAGUCUCAGAAAAAGUGGGGCAGGGGUAUGACAAGAGUCCUUGUGAAGGAAACAGCUGUGCAGACUCUGGAUCCAGGCUUUGCCUACCAGUGGACCAAGGCUGCCAGUGUGGCAACUAUUGGGCCUGCCGUGGGAGGUGCCUAUGUGGACCCGAUACCCAUCGCCAAUCACGUCAUCAACGCAGAUGCAAUAGAAGCCCUAACAGCCUACAGUCCGGCCAUGCUGGCACUGAAUGACAUGCUGAAGCAGCAGCUAAGCCUGACGCAGCAAUUCAUCGAGACCAGCCGUCACCUGCACAUGUCACUCCUGCAGUCCCUGGAUGGGGAUUCAUUCCACUACCACACUCUGGAGGAAGCCAAAGAGUACAUUAGGCGCCACAGGCCUAGUCCAUUGACCAUGGAGGAUGCCUUGAAGGAGGUCAAGGAGGAGCUUUGAGUGCCAGCAGAGGGAAGAAAGCGCUGCCCGCUCCUACACCCCACAGUGUGUUAGGACUGUCUUCCAA